CAUCUCAUCAUGUUGGCUUCUGAGAACAGUUCUUCUCAUCCUUUGUACUUCAUCCUGCUUGGUAUCCCAGGACUUGAGAAUUCUCAGUUUUGGAUUGCCUUUCUGUUCUGUAUCAUGUAUAUUGUGGCUGUUGUGGGCAAUAUCACUGUAGUUCAUAUUAUUCGAAUCGACCAUACUCUUCAUGAACCCAUGUACCUCUUUCUGGCCAUGCUGGCUGUCACCGAUCUGGUCCUCUCUACUUCUACACAACCUAAAACACUGGCUAUAUGCUGGUUCCAUGAUCAUAAGAUUGAAUACCACGCCUGCCUCAUCCAGGUGUUUUUCAUCCAUGCCUUUUCUUCUGUGGAGUCAGGGGUGCUCAUGGCUAUGGCUUUGGACCGUUAUGUGGCCAUCUGCUUCCCACUGCGUCACUCUAGUAUCCUGACUCCAUCUGUGGUGGGCAAAUUGGGGGCAGCAGUGUUGAUGCGUGGGUUGCUGUGGGUGAGCCCCUUCUGUAUCAUGAUCUCCAGAAUGCCCUUCUGCCCUAACAAGAUCAUUCCCCAGUCCUACUGUGAACACAUGGCUGUGCUGAAGUUGGUGUGUGCUGACACUAGAGUAAAUCGCUCAUAUGGGCUCUUUGUAGCAUUCUCAGUGGUGGGCUUUGAUGUGAUGGUCAUCAGUAUAUCUUAUGUGAUGAUUCUGAGAACUGUGCUGGCCUUACCCUCUGGAGAAGCCAGGAUGAAGGCUUUUGGCACCUGUGCUUCCCAUAUCGGAGUUAUCUUGGCUCUUUAUGUCCCGGCCCUCUUCACUUUCCUUACCCAUCGCUUUGGACAUCAUGUGCCUCGGGUGGUUCACAUCAUGUUUGCUAAUAUUUAUCUACUGGUCCCUCCCAUGCUCAACCCCAUUAUUUAUGGGGUUAAAACUAAACAGAUCAGAGACAGGGUUAUCCAAGGAUUUUCUAGGAAAAAAUCCUGA